AUGGCAGAUGGCAUCCCUAUCGGAUCGCCGAAACUGGCACGUGCUGCACGUUCAACAUCCACGUGCCAGACACCGCCAAAUCUCGACUGCCUGAUCACCACAGUGGACGGAAUUACGGACGGCGUGACGGAGGUUACAAACGUCACCUGCAUUAACACGAACGGCAGUUCGUCUGACCAGUGUCGAGACACAGUGGACGGCAGGGCUGCGAACGCCGACCAAAAGGCUUGUCCCUGGUCCUACGAAAUGUUGCUGUUGCCCGCGGACUUCUACCCCAGGUGCGUUCUACAGGCCAAGUGUAAUUGUCGGAGUUGCGCGAGGGGAAACGACGCCAACGACUGUGUUCCCGUGAAGAAGUGCAUACGAGUUCUCAGGAAGGACACCAUGUGUAUCGACGGCUUCCACAUCUUCAGGGAGACCACAAUUCCAGUGGUGGUGGGGUGCGCAUGUGUCACCAGCUCAAACGACUAUUCGUCGCUACCCUCCGCCGAAGGAUAUGAUUACAUUAAUUAA